AUGGAAAAUAUUAGUUUAGAAGGUUUCAUCUAUGAUUGUUCGCAGAAUGGUAUACGAACGAUUUAUUGCCCUUUGAUCGGUGAAGUUUGCAUCGAUGAAACAACAGAAGUAAUUAGCAGAAGCAGGAAACCAGCUGUUGGAAUGUGGUGUACGUUUAAAGCAUCUUAUCAGGAAGGUAGAAAAUGGUGUGCCCGAAAGGUUGUAUUAAUGUCAUAUCCACGAUUGAAAUGCCUCAUGGGAGAGGAUGAAUGUACUGUUAAAGGAACAGCAGUUGUGUGCAAUAUAAGUGGUGAUUCUGGCUACCUCUGGAAUGACUACAUUGGAUUGAUUGCCAUUGAAGGACAAAUGGUAUAUCAAUUGAAACCAUUAACUGCUGUUGAAUUCCAGGCAGUACCAUUGAGGAAGAGUGGUACACCAGCCUAUUUUAUGGCCAAAAAAGUCAGCGUCGAAUCGGAAAUUGUAUUUCAAUCUGAAGUUCUGCUUUUCACACAGAAAGCUGAGAUAAAAGCAGAUGGUCGAGCCUAUGUGUCGGACUGUGCUAUUACUUUAUUAGACAUAGCAUAUUCUCGCCAAACAAUUGUCCCUGCAACGUUAUCAGUUCUUUAUUACAAAACGUACAUUGAUAGUGCUUCUGGCAUUGGUAUUUAUGCAACUGCUGAUAGUAAUAUCGUUGCUGGAAUUAAAGACGAUUUUUUUACGACUGAACGAUGUUUUCAACCAUACGGUGAACAUCAAGAAGUUGAAUUGUUCGAGGACGCCCUUAAUAGUCUGACUGUGAUGUCGAGCCAGUUAUCAGUUGUCGAUGAUGAAACACCCAUUAUAAAAAUUGACAUAUCACCGACUGGGAGCGUUGACGAACUCGUGGAGACCAACAAAAAUGACCAUUCUUCAAAAGUGGUUGAUUCGUUAGCUGGUGAUUCCAACUGUUCAGUGAAUCAAAGUUUGGAAUCAUGUUCAUCACUUAAUUUUCGCAUUUUGGACGAUGAAUUGGACUCUGAAAAUAAGUUUCUCCCCAAAGCAAUUGCUCAAGAGCUGCUGCGUUCAAGAUUAACAUUUCGCACGAAUCCACGACUUUUUGAAAUUAUAGUAGCUGAUAGGAAAAGAUUUGUUUGUCAAUUCCAGGAAGAUAUAUGGGAUAAUGAAUUCAUUGAGUAUUUGCUACAUAAAGUGAAGGAGGUGAAACGAAGUCAGAGUGAAAAUGACGGAAAAUGUGACGACAUAAAUAGAUUGAUCUAUCAAUCUCAAAAUAAUAUUGAAAGCAGUAAAAAAGAGUUUCACGAUGAAUUAAAAGCUCAUAAAGAAGAGAAGCCUCCAUCAGCACAACAUAUACAAAGCAUUGAGACUGUGGAGGACAUAAAAAAUGAUUUGCAAAUGAGGAAUGAUGUUGGCUCCAGUCGAAAACUCUCUGUCACCAACCGGACUGUAAGCGGGAUGGAUUUAAAGUCUUUGUCAAAUCCAGAAGAAAGCAUCUUCGUCGGGAAGACUGCACCUACGUGGAUUGAUGAAAUGGAUAAACUCUGCGUGAAAGUGCUUUCAAAUGCCCGCCUUCGUAAUUUUGUAAGCGUGAAUAAAAAUGGAAAUGAUCUUCUUCGUGAUAUAAUGCAUUAUUUAGAAUAUCAAAUGACAGAAGAGGAGAUGAAAGAAGAACUUGGAAUUCCACUUUCCGAAGUAACGCCUGAAUGUUUCAAUAUUGUGCAAAAAGAACGAGCGCUUGGUAUAUGUCGAAAACUUAUGGAAAUGAACGGUUUUGAACGAAUUGCUAACAGUAAAAUUCCCAAAAUACCGGAAGAAUAG